UCCCACGAAACCCUCUUGGACCAUGUAUUAGAGCUGAUUAUGAAUGAGAAGCCUCCAAACAGCACUAGUCUGUUUCUGAGUGAAGACUCUGAGAAGCCACAGCGUGCUGAAGAGGGGCUCCACCGUCUGUGCCGAGUGUUACAGAAGCAGAUGUCAGGAAGCAGACGAAAGAUGGGCGGCAUCACACGAGACAGCGUCAAGACGUUCCUGCGGAGGAACACCUUUGUGAUCUUCACAGUGGCUGCUGUGGCUUUAGGGGUGGUGUUGGGUUUCGCCCUGAGACCUUGUAACCUGUCCAUCAGGGAGGUGAAGUAUUUCUCUUUCCCUGGAGAGCUGCUGAUGAGGAUGCUUCAAAUGCUUGUUCUACCACUCAUCGUCUCCAGCCUCGUCACAGGAAUCUCCUCUUUAGACAGCAAGGCCUCUGGGAAGAUGGGAAUUCGGGCCAUCGUCUACUACAUGGUGACCACUUUUAUAGCAGUUUUCAUCGGGAUUGUAAUGGUGAUUAUUAUCAGGCCGGGUAAAGGCAGCAGGGAUAGUCCAGUGGCCUCUAGUGGCAGCAUUGAGCCAGUGCAGGCCGCUGACGCUUUUCUGGACCUGAUAAGAAAUAUGUUUCCACCAAAUUUAGUUGAGGCCUGCUUCAAACAGUACAAAACACUAUACAAGAAAACCGUGUUGACCAAAAAUGUCACCAUCAUGGUCAAUGCGACAGACAACUUCAACUCUACAGAUCUCAUCCAAGUGUCCAACCUCAGCACAAUCCUGCAGACCAUCCAGGAGACGGUGGAAGAGGUGGUGCCUGUGUCAGGUUCCUCGAAUGGGGUGAACGCCUUGGGGUUGGUGGUCUUCUCUAUGUGCUUUGGAUUAGUGAUCGGAAACAUGAAACAGCAGGGCCAGGCUCUCCGGGACUUCUUUGACUGCCUGAAUGAAGCCAUAAUGCGCUUGGUGGCCAUCAUUAUCUGGUAUGCUCCGGUGGGAAUCCUCUUCCUGAUUGCAGGGAAGAUCGUUGAGAUGAAGGAUCUUGCUCAGGUGGGCGGACAGUUAGGGAUGUACACGGUUUCUGUCAUUGUCGGGCUGCUCAUCCACGGCCUGUUCGUUCUGCCUCUGCUCUUCUUUGUGGUGACCAAGAAGAACCCUUUCACCUUCAUCGCUGGGCUGCUGCAGGCUCUGAUCACAGCUCUAGGCACCUCAUCCAGCUCUGCCACCCUGCCCAUCACUUUCCGUUGUCUUGAAGAAAACAACCAUGUGGACAAACGAGUGACACGUUUUGUGCUGCCAGUUGGAGCCACAAUCAAUAUGGAUGGCACUGCUCUGUACGAGGCAGUGGCGGCCAUUUUUAUUGCCCAGGUCAAUGACAUGGACCUGAACUUUGGGCAGAUCCUCACCAUCAGCAUUACAGCGACUGCCGCUAGCAUCGGAGCAGCAGGCAUCCCUCAGGCUGGGCUGGUUACCAUGGUGAUAGUAUUGACAUCGGUGGGACUGCCCACAGAGGACAUUACACUGAUCAUCGCGGUGGACUGGUUCCUGGAUCGACUCAGGACCACCACCAAUGUGCUGGGAGACUCAUUUGGCGCUGGAAUCGUUGAGCACCUGUCACGACAAGAACUCCAGAACCAGGAUGUGGAAAUCAGUAACUCUGUGAUUGAGGAGAAUGAAAAGCCGUACCAGCUGAUCUGUCAGGAGAACGACUCUCUCAAACAUCGCAACAGUGAAACCACCAUGUAAUAAUCCUCAAAUCAUUAGAGUUCACACCCAUAGACUGUAAAAAAAAGAUGUACAACGCAUCUCCACUUCUGUCCACUAUAGAAAAGUGAAGCCAAAAUAUCCCAGUAUGGCCGCCCUCAUCUUAUGCCGAUGACAUCAUUUGGAGCCCAAUCUGUUCAGUAGUGAUUAAUUUGGAGCCUGAGUCUGUGCA